AUCGCGGUCAAAAUCGCAUUAGAAAACUUGCUAAAAACCACAAAUCCAAAGGGUGUAUUCACCCACUAUACCUUUCAACAAGUAUUCAAAUUACACAAGUGCAAUAAAGAAGUUUUGACAAGACACGUAGUUGGGUAACUUUCAUAUAUGGAAAGUAGAGGCUAUGAGAAUUUUUUUGGGAUGAUGAUCAUGAUAAGAUCAAGAUGAUGUGUAUUGCAAUCGCAAUGGACCUCUGGCUCUGAAAAGAUUUAGUCAGAGAGGCAAUUUCUGAAACAGCACAUUUUAUUUUCUGAUUUCUGAUUAAAAACAGAAUGCCUGCCAAUCGGAAUGAAGACGAAGAUACUUUCAAGAUCCUCCUGGCAACGGACAUCCAUCUUGGCUAUGCAGAGAAAGAUCCCAUCAGGGGGAAUGACUCAAUCAUUGCUUUUGAGGAAAUCUUACAGCAUGCCAAGAAAAAUGAAGUAGACUUUGUCCUACUGGGAGGGGAUCUGUUUCAUGAGAACAAACCCUCACGCUAUGUGCUUCAUUCCUGUAUGCAACUUCUACGAAAAUAUUGUAUGGGAGACAAGCCUGUGAGCUUUGAGUAUCUCAGUGAUGCAUCUGUUAAUUUCUCGGAGAGUCAUUUCCCGCAUGUUAACUAUGAGGACCCCAAUCUUAAUGUUGGAAUGCCUGUGUUCACUGUCCAUGGAAACCAUGAUGAUCCUACUGGCCAUGGCAACUUGUCAGCAAUUGACCUUCUCAGUGUUGCUGGACUCGUCAAUCACUUUGGUAAAAAUCCUAAUAUCGAGAAGAUUGAGGUCAGCCCGGUAUUACUUCAGAAAGGAGAAUCUAAGCUAGCGCUGUAUGGUAUUGGCUCCAUUAGGGAUGAGAGGAUGUACCGCAUGUUUACAAAUGAUCAGAUCAGUAUGUUGCGGCCAGAAGAGGACGCAGACUCCUGGUUCAACGUUUUUGUAAUCCAUCAAAACAGAAGCAAACAUGGCCCCACUAAUCACAUACCUGAACAAUUCUUGGAUGACUUUUUGGAUCUGGUUGUCUGGGGUCAUGAACAUGAAUGUCGCAUCGAACCUGAAUGGAAUGGGACACAGAACUUCUAUGUUACUCAACCAGGUAGUUCUGUUGCUACAUCGCUUAUUGAGGGAGAAGCAAAAAAGAAACACUGUGCCCUGUUAAAAAUUAAGGGCAAAGAUUUCAAACUUACGAAGAUAGAGCUUGAGACAGUGCGCCAGUUUUAUAUGGAGGACAUUGUGCUCGCAGAUACCACUCUAGAUCCUGGUGCUCAUGAUGCUAAACACAAGUUAGAGGUGUUCGUGGAUGAGAAAAUAAACAACCUACUAGCAAAGGCUGAGGACGACCGCAUCGGUAACAGGAAGAAACCGGACAAACCUCUGAUUAGGAUAAGGAUUGACUACACAGGCUUUGAGCCUUUCAACAAAGCCAGAUUUGGUCAGAAAUAUCUAGACAAAGUUGCAAAUCCGAGAGACAUCAUUCAUUUUCAUGAAAGAAGAGCUACUAAGUCCAAGGACGAUGAUACAAAAACAGACCCUGAAGCCAUGAACAUAGCUCUGCAAGGGAGCCGAGUGGAAGACAUGGUCCGAGAGUAUUUCAGAAAUGCUGAGGCCGACAAACAGCUCCAUCUGUUGACGGAGAAGGGACUAGGUGCUGCUGUGACGGAAUUUGUUGACAAAGAAGAGAAAGAGGCCAUUUCUGAAUUGGUCAAACAUCAAGUGGAGAAAACGCAGACUUACCUAAAGAACCGUAACAACUUGGAUGAGACAGUGAUUGAGAAUGAAGUCAUCAGGUACAAAGAGGAGAGGAAGAUGAAGGCAGGGGAAGAGGAGGCUGAGGUUGAGGAAGCUGUGAAACGGUCCAGGGCUAAACAACCCAAGACUGAUGGUGAUGAUGUAAGUUCAGUACUGGAGAGUGAUGAUCCCAUGGAUUCUGACGACUCCCGGGCAACAACAAGUCGGGGACGCGGCAGAGGACGAGGACGUGGACGAGGGACAAAGGCUGCAGAUACCAGCAGUACCCGUGGUGGCAGGGGCAGCCGGGGUGGACGAGGAAGUCGAGGGGGCAGAGGAAAGAAAGCAGUAGUAGAAGAAAAUAACACCCUGGCAGAUGCUUUUGGUGCUCCUUCUAAGGGUAGAAAAGCUUCAAGGAAAUCAACAAAGAUGUCCUUCAUGGACUCUGAAGAAGAUGAUGAUAUUAUCAUAUCGGAUGAUGAACCACCGCCACCAGCCCGUGGCCAAAAGAGAAAAACUGCUCCAUCUCAAAAACGGGGAGUUAUGUUUGAUUCAGGAGACGAUGAUGAGGAAGAGUUCUCAUUCAAACGUAGACGUUGAUUGGUACUUGAGCCUGUGUAAGACAAUUCUGGGUGGUUGGUGCUCAUCUACAAGAUCGUCCACGGUGAAUAAGUUAAUACACCACUGUUCAGUUUGCCAGAAAUAUAUACUCAAGGGAGUAGAUCUGAAUAGACACUAGUUUAGUUGGUAUGAAUGUGACCAUAUAUUUUUGUUAAGAUGAAG